CAUUGCUUAUGCUUUCGGUUGUUUUUAAACAAUACGUGAUGAUUGUCAAAGAUAUAUAUGUAUAUAUACAGAUUUAUCAACUACAUAUCAACUAUAUACGUAUCUAUAUAGAUAUAGUAUUCUGUGCAUAAGUAGCUAUAUUGUCAAACUGUGGUAUCAUGAAGUUCGCAAGCUUGGUAAUGGCUUCCAUCAUCCCUACACUACUUAAAGGCUGUCGAGUCGAAGAUGGUGAUCAGCUUUACGGUUUUCCAAUGCGGAAGGUUGAUUCUGAUAUCGAUGGCGUUGACAAUUUAAUCAGCGACAGCCUGCUUCCCGAAAAAUGGUACAGAACAGUUCACAUGGGCAAACAAUUUUUACUUCUUGAUAUCAAUGGUGCCGAAAACUGGAAUCUAACUUACGGAAUGUGUGGAACAUACUAUCCUAUCUACUUAAAGGACCCACAUCCGGAUACUGCAACGCUUACCAAUGAGCCAGUCCAAGUAACAGCUUGUACACUGAACCUCAACAUGGCGUGUUUAACAGCGUACACCAUUUAUAUACGGAAAUGUGGCAAGGAAGUGCAGUACCUUCUUACAUCUUCAAUUCCCUACGGAGGAUACUGUUUCGACGAAGGUCAGACAUUAUACGACCCGAUAAACUGGCCAGCGCCAGGUAUUGAUGAUGUCGGUCUUGGACAAAUCUCUAUCACCACUAGAGUAGUUCACACAACCAGACCUGCAGGUCCGUUUGGACUCCAAUACUCACCAACAACCCAUUUUGUGUGCCAGUUUAACAUGAAACCCACAUACUUUUACACUGUCAAUUGGUACAUUGACGGUAAUUACUUGACCACCACGGGUCCCUCGACUGAUUCAAUGGAACUGUCAUUAACUGAGACAACAAUAAUGAACGCAGUUCGUCCUGGGUUUACGAUAAGAUGCGGUGUUCAAGCCUCUGUUCUCAAGGAAAGCAAGAAAACCGACGAAGAUCUCAGUGAGAAGUUUUUUGCUGGAGUCAAAAUUGAAAAGAGAACGAUACAUUUACCAAAAGGAGGUAUAGGAGAAAUUGUCUUAAAAACAACGAUCCCAGUUGCUUGUCAAUAUUUGGACGGACUACCUAUUCAUGAUCAGUGUCAAUUGACAUUAGAGAUGGGUAAAAAGAAAAUAUCUCAAUGCACCGGAGACGUACAAAGCACCGCGGACUGCAGCAAUGUGCUAACAUCGCUGACUGCAGAUGGAACCUUUGAACCAGCAGAGAUACGGUUUCCAAUCGUUACUGUCGACAUUGAUUACAACGACAAAAGCGUGUUUGACAUCGAUCUCAGAUUUGGGUCGCACACAAGCCCGUUAUGGCAUAAUUAUGUUCUUCCGAGUGUCCGGGUCAUUGUCGAGGACACAGAAGAGUACAAAAGCAAGUGGUGUUACUCUCAUAUUGAUCCACAUAUGAGGACUACAGAUGGAAGAAAUUACGAACAACAAAGCGCUGCCGGAGUUUAUAUGAUGUACAUCAAUAAGGCGUAUGAUAUUGAGGUACAGCAAAAAACUAAACCAUGCAACAACGCUCGUGCAAUGUGCGCCUGUGGUGUUGCCGUUCGUGCAGGGAAGGACGUCUUCAUGAUUAAUAGAUGCGGAUCAAUCCAUUACAUUGAUUUUGUCCAUUGUGGCGAAGGGGGGAUAUUGGACGUUCUAGAAAUAAACUCCGAAAAAUAUAGGGUCCUGACACCAAUUGGAACACGUAUUGAAAUUCGUCUUUAUGGUGGUAGCUAUGAAGGAACGAUGAAUAUAGACAUAUACAUGGCUCCUAAAGAUUUUAAUAGCAUUGAAGGCCUUUGUGGAACAUUCGACAAUGAUGUCAAUAAUGAUUUUUGGGGCAGUAAUGGUCAACAACUACCGAAUGAGAAGGACUUCGCUGAGUCAUGGAGAAUGGACAGUGACACCCAAAAUACAGUUCUGAAAGAAAAGAAUCUUUUCAUCAACCCAGAUCGAAGUUUGCAGUCAUGGAAAGAAAGAAACCAUUUGUACUGCUUUUGUCAAAGCGGAGCCGCCAGCUGUUCGUCAACUCAGUAUUACAUGUGUUCAUUUCCAAACAACAUAACGCCAUUAAAAUGUCAUGUUUCCAAAGGGAACAGGAAGAAGCGAGGAACAGAUUCUCACAUGAAAGAGUUGCGGCGACUUUUUGAUUUGAUGAACUCUGUCGACCCACCUAUGCACUAUUUGUACAAGCGUCAAGCAGGGGCCCUGGAUAUUACCGCAGAAGAUGCAUAUAAAGCAUGCACAGCUUUGAUAAACGGAAGUUUAGCGGUGCAGAGUUAUUCAGAUUUGUCGGCUCUUGAAAAUCCCCACGAAGUUAUAAAUAACUGUGCGUAUGAUGUCGAGGUUGGCGGAACGUUAGUGUGGGCAAACGCACAUGUGGAGUCGUAUAAUGACUUGGUAAAGAAUAUGAUAGACUUACAACCGGAAUAUGCUGCUAACAACACUGAGAGGAUAGACGUUUUUCUGGCAAAUACUUGCCCAUCUAACUGCACCGGAAACGGAAAUUGCACACUCGCUAAUAAUGGUGGGGAAGGCGUGUGCGUUUGCGAUACAUUUUACCAUGGAGCUGAUUGUUCGAUCGACGAAAGAGAUCCGUUAAUAAUAGACGACAUUGAAACAGGGGGCAAAUGCGACACAGCUGAAAGGUCCGACGACUGUCAAUGUUUUGCGAUAAGGAGCGGUGCCAUUCUGCGUUCCAUUCGAUGCAAUGUUAAGACAUUCAAGAUAUCUAUACACGGGAAAGAAGAAUUGGUUUCUGAAUAUCGUUCAAAUGGUUCAUACGAAGAUAUAUUCACUGGGGUUUGUUGCUCCAAUCAUAACAAGUACGACGUUGAUGCAUUUGCAGUCAAGUACGAGGUUUCAGCAAGUAACGGUGGCUCUAAUUUUGGAAACAUCAAAUCGGUCUUUGUUUUUGAUUCGACAUGCCAAAAGGUUGCUCACGAUGAAACGGGACGGGACGGGACUGUCGUUUUGAAUACCACAAGCGGGUGUUUUAUCGAGAAUAGGUGUUAUUCGGAUGGUGAAGUUUCACCGUUUAAUACUUGUCUGAGAUGCAAUUCCGCUGUCAGUGCUACAGGCUGGUCUGAAGCACCAUGCACAACAACGACGGUUAGUACCAAAACUGCGACAAUCCGUAUAAUUACUGAAGAACCAACAACUGCAGAGCCUACGACAACUACUGUAGAGCCUACGACAACUACUGCUGAACAUACGACAACUACUACCGAGCCUACGACAACUACUGCAGAGCCUACGACAACUACUGCAGAGCCAACAACAACAACUGCAGAGCCAACAACAACAACUGCAGAGCCUUCUUCGACGACAACUGAAGAUUCACUAAUACAUGGGCUGCGAUAUCUUCUGCAGCUCCUACGACAACGAUUGAUCGUUCAGUGACAACUAAGGCAUACGACAACAACUGUACAAUCUACGACAACAAUUGAUGGUUCAGUGACAACUAAGUCAUACGACAACAACUGUACAAUCUACGACAACAAUUACAGAGUCUUCUUCAGCAAAAACAAAAGAAGAACUGCACGCUAUACGACACCAACGACAUAAUCUACAAGAACAACUGUAAGCCUACGACAACAACCGCAGAAAACAACAACAAAAAACAGAAAGUAAAAACAUUUUCGUAAAUAUUUUACCUUUUACAAGAGCUGUCGAACCUUUAAACAUGAUUUUAAUGUCUGAUAUACAUGUAAAAAUAAGAAUAAGGAUUUUUGUGAUUAAAAUUUACUCUUUGCACAAAGCACAUAGACGAUGUUAAAUCGCUUUAUUUGAACGCUUAAUUAUUCUAUUGAACAUAAUAAAUGUUUAAGUGCAAUUCUGUUAGAUAAAAACCUUAGCAGUGGAACAAUAUUUUUUUAAGUGUUUCGUUAAGAUUACAAUUAUGGAAUGGAUUUCCCGCCAUUUCCCUCAUAAUGCUUUAAGAAAUUCCAAUUUCAAUUUUUCUUUUGCUAAUGUAAAUUUGAUUAUAGUUUUGAUAAUUUCAAAGACUUAAUGUAUUUAGUAUGUUUGAAAUAUUACUUUGUUAAACGUUAAUUUUAUGAAAAUAAAGCGUAAACUGUCAAACAAGCUGCAGUAUUUGGUCAAAUGAAACAUUUUUAACUAAACUUAUUGCAGUUGGUACCACAGCUGGUACUGUUCUCAAAAUAAUUGUGUUUCUUCCUUAAUGAAUUUAUACUUUACGUAAUACAUUAAUAAAUAAUCUUUGUUACAAUAUACGAUAAACUACCUUUUAUAACAAGCUAUACAUUGUUUCUAGUUUAAUAUAACUAUAUUGUAUAAAACAUUUCCUGUAUUAAACCUGUGUUGAACAUCAAUAUCACUUGGCAUAUUUGUGAACAGUUUAAUUGGAAAUUAAUUGCUCAAUUGUUAUUUUUAUUCCAGAAGCCAUACGUUUAUUUCUCAUUUUGUAGACACGAUUUAGGUUUUUUAAAUAAUGUAUCUUAUUUUCCAUUUCAAUCAUACGAAGUACACGUUCCUCUGGAUUUCUUGAGAUACAUUCUUAAAGUAUUCGUCAUUUUCUGUAUUUCAUUCUGAUAUAAUAACAUCAACACAUUGACAAAUUUUAACCUCACCUGACCGGGUGUGACAUCGUCAUUUAAAAGAAAGCAAAUUUCGUUAAAAGUAUAGUAACUGUGUUUAUUGUGUGAUUGCUAGUGGAUAACUUCGCACAAUUAAUUUUACUUAGAACGAAAGCAAAUAAACGGAAUGGAAACGAU